AUGUCAUUUUUCGGUUACAAUACGUCCGGUAACGCAUCACCAUCCCUCGAUUACCUGGGUAAUUUAGACACGAAUCAAUCGUAUGUCAACAGUGUAGGGCAACUGUCAACAAUGACGUCGAUCGUCGCGAAUGUCACAUUACCAGCCAACGCGAAGCCCAGUCAUGAUAACCUAUUGGAAACUUUAAUUAUUCCAUUAUACGGAACGAUAUUUCUACUCUCAGUGGUCGGAAAUUCGCUGGUUUUGAUCACAUUGGCGCGCAACAAGAGGAUGAGAACGGUUACCAACGUUUAUUUGUUGAAUCUGGCAGUUUCGGAUUUGCUGCUCGGUGUCUUUUGCAUGCCCUUCACGCUACUUGGCCAGAUUCUGAAGAACUUCGUCUUUGGUAUUACGUUGUGCAAACUAAUAUCGUACUUCCAAGCUGUAUCUGUAUCUGUGGGCGUUUGGACCCUCGUCGCAAUUUCAUUGGAGCGUUACUUCGCCAUCUGUAGACCGCUGGAGUCAAGACGCUGGCAAACUCAGUUCCACGCAUACAAAAUGAUUGUUGUCGUUUGGUUAGCCAGUCUUACGUGGAAUGCGCCCAUCUUGGUGUUCUCGCAGCUUAGAAGUAUACGCGGAGGAAGGCACAAGUGUCGAGAACAAUGGCCGAGUGUGGGCAUCGAAAGAGCAUAUAAUCUCUUUUUGGAUGGAACUCUGCUCUUAGUUCCUUUAAUCGUAAUGAGCCUGGCGUACUCGUUAAUCGCGGCGGAACUUUGGCGUGGAUUACGACAAGAAAUGCGACAAACGUCCGGCUGUCAACGACGCUUCGAGAGAACGGAAUCCAGUGGGACGGUACGAAAUUCAACGUACGACAAGGGUGAUGGAGGAUCUGGUACAACGGUUGUCCUGAAUGCCUGCGGCGCAUCCUCGGGAUUAAGGCGAGGAUUUUCCACCUCGCAUGGAUACUUCCACGACGGUUCUCAGAGGAAAUCAUCCAAGGUGCGCGUCCCGAGGACAGGAGUCUCCAGAGUGAUGUCUGGGAAAUGUCAAGGAUCAGAAUGUCCGCCCGAAUCAAGGAUACAAGUCAGGAGCAACGGAAGCAGUUAUUUGACGAGAGACGCGAACGAGUCUAUCAGCGAGGAACAACAAGAUUCCGGAUAUCCGUUUGGAAGGCAACACGCGAUACGUAGUAAUUACGUGGGCAAGAGUAUAGAGGCCAAGAAGAAGGUGAUCAGAAUGCUGUUUGUAAUUGUGCUGGAGUUCUUCAUCUGUUGGGCACCGUUGCACGUGAUCAAUACCUGGUAUCUUUUCGCCCCAGAAUUGGUUUAUUCUGUGGUUGGGAGUACAGGCGUCAGCUUGGUGCUGUUACUCGCAUACGUAUCCAGUUGCUGCAAUCCAAUCACAUACUGCUUCAUGAACAGGAAGUUCCGUCAGGCGUUCCUGGGCCUUUUCAACUGUCAUCGUUGCUGGAGAGUAGGAUGCAGACACAGCGAGAUCGCCAUGACGUCGACGAGGAACGCGAUACAAGCCGCAAACAACAGUGAAAUCAGUGGAAACGAAUCGACAAUUUACCUUGGGAAAGCUUCGCUUGUUGCUAGAUCCGAGGUCAUAAGACUCCUGGAGGAGGAAGAUCGCGUCUAG